CCCUUCCAGUUUGACAACCUUUUGUACACACGCUACUGAGUCAUUUAAGGCGCAUUUACGCAACAUCUGUUGAAUACCUUCGCUGGUACCAUUUUUUUUUUUUUUACUUCCAGCAGCAUUUCUCAUGUGUGGGGCUGUAGAGAACAUGCGGAUAUGCCAGUAAUCAGUUCAGAGUCGAGUGUGUUUGAAUGAUCAUGGAUGAUGAAGUGUACAACGCGGACUGUCCAGUCUGCUUUGAGAGCUUUUCCGACGCGGCUCGUACGCUGAGUUGCGGACACGCGUUUUGCCAUGACUGCCUGGUCGGGACUUUUGUGAGCUCAAACAAAAACGGAGAUAUCACCAGAGAUACUAUCAUCUGUCCCGUAUGCAGACAUGUCACUUUCGUUACCAAACUACAGGGACUCGGGGGAGAAAAGGAAAAACACACGAAGAUGUUGGAAGUGCCUUUAAGGUUCCAUGGCCGCCCCACAUCUGCGCCCGGGUAUCGGCGACUGGGACGCUGCUUGAGAUGUAUUUCAUCUAGGAUGAGCCGCAAGAGAUUGGUUUGUCCUAAAGACUCCUCACAGUUGUUCAUUAUAAGCGAUCUGGGACGUCCUAUGGCUGAAGAAGACAUUAUUGAUGUUGGGACGAGUGUGGCGAUUCGUGAGAACAGCACUGAGCAUGGCUGUGUGUGCACAUCAUCACACUGCCUGUUGUUUAUUUUAAUCAUUUUUACUUUACUGGCUUUGAUAGCCGCAACGCUGCCUUGGGUUUUUCUGGCUUAAGGAUUAUUGCCCUUUUUACGAGAAUUGCAUUAGUUUAUACAUUGAUGCUCUGCGAGAAAUAGAGAUCAGAGUCUAUGUGAACAUUUCACAACAUUUCAUUUCACAAGCUUGUUUUGUACUUGUUUUGUAACUCCUGGUAUCCCUAACACAAUGGACUGCUUUGUCACCAAAGAACUGCUGAUCCCAAGCUGAUAAAACACUGAAUUGUGCUGAGUUGUACCAUGGGCAUCUCUACUACUAAAUUUUUAAUAUGAAAAGGAUUAAGUGAGCAAAGGAAGCCUGGCAGGCAGCUUGUCAUGUUGUAAGGGGAUUCUGAGAAGGAGUGAAUGUGCCUUGAUGCUACUUUUUUUUAGACACACCCUUGUUCUUCAAGCACUUCUGGUCACACAGGUUAGAAAAUGACAUUACGUUUUCUUCUUGACUUGCACUGGACUCUUUCUAUGGCAUGCUGUAUUUUAUUUGAUAUCUUAGUACAUUUACAAAUGCCCCUUUAUAAGCAACAUAUAGAAGCUUUGACCAAAAAAAACCCCAGCAUCUAUAUUUUCAUAAUAAAAAGUCAGACAAGAAAUAUUAAAAAUGUAGAGUUUAAUAUAGAUAUCUAUAUCUGACAUUCUGAUCAGGAUUGCAAUAGGCUUCAGAGUACAGACUGUGUUGUUCCACUGAUAUGCUAAGCUGAGGGGAUAGAAGGGGAAGGUAGGGGAGUGACAUACAGGCAACGUUUGUACAGAAGUUGUUAAUGCAGGGGAGAGGCUGUACAUCAAUGGACACUGUGCACUUAUACAAAAAUCCAUGACACUUCUUUAACCAGCUGUUUACACUUGCUAUUUUUCACCCUCUCCCCAGUUUACUGAUAACAUUUAAGAGACUAAAAGAAAUGAAAUAAAAAGAAAUUGUGAAUUA